UGGGUUUUGCCGUUAUCCGCCUUCUCAAAUUCGGGGCUCACGCUAUCGAUGCCUUUCCUGCAGGAACGUCCAUCAGGGCACCCCUUCUUCUCCAUUCUCAAUGUACUCGGUAUUCUGGGAUCAGGAAUUCUUGCUGCUCUUUUUGCAUCAAAGAAGGAAAAGGCCAUUUCAGAUGCUACUGUAGAACAUAUGAAAAAUAUGAUCAAGGAAAAAGAAGCUGCUAUUAUUUGUCUGGAGAAAAAGUUUAAGGAAGAACUAAUAAAUGAGAAAGAAUGUCUAAAUAAGGAAUUUGGAAAAGUGAAAGCUGAGCAGCAGUUUUUAGUUAAUCAACUGGAAAUGGCAUCAUAUACCAUAGAAAACCUUGGUCAAGAAUUGCAAAAGGAGCAAAACAUAGUCGAAGAGCUUACCAUCGAAGUUGAUAACCUAGAACUCUGUGUUCAAAAUGCUGGGAGUGAGAAAAGGCAACUCCAACAGCAGCUAAAGGAGAAGCUACAUUCUGUAGGAUUCUUGCAAGAAAGGAUCGACUUGGUUUCACUAGAUAUCAAGGAUAAAGAGGAUACUAUUUGGCAUCUUAGUUGUAGACUUGCUGACAAAGAUAGAGAGCUGGAUCAACUCAGCUCCGUAUAUAAGCAGUUGGAGGAUCAUCUACCUAGUUUGGAGUUAGAGAACAAGCAAUUGAAGAAUGUGCUUUUGAGAAGAUUGUGUUCGGAGCUUGAAGAAGAGGUCUGUAAAGUCCAGGCCGAUUUUAGGGAAGCAAGGGAAUCAUUACACAUGAAACUAGAGGAAGCUAAAUGGGGUGCAGAAAUCUUGUCCAGAGAACUAAGUUCUGCAAAUGAUCUCUUCAGUAAAUCAAACGAAUGAACACUUGGAAACCUGCAGCUGAUGCCCAACAGGGGGGGAAUCUGCAGCUUCAGGUAGAAGGAAUACCCAACGAAGGAGAAAGGAUAGAUCCCAGCAAAAAGAUUCAUAGUUGACAUUUAGAGUUUCCUGUAUAAGUAGAUUAUAAGCUUAUUUUAGAGAUCUUGUACCAUUUGACUCUGGAGUUUCCUGAAAUUUGAUUCUACUUCCCUUUUGUGCAUAAAAA